AUGGGCGGACCUGACAACGGCGGCCCAAGGUUGAAGUGUUCGAACGCUUGUAGUAGAAUGAAAUUCAACAAAAGCAACAAGGACGCCUUUCCCAACGUCGGACUCUCGCGCUUCACAACCACUCGAACUGGUCCACUCCGACGUCCUCACUCUGCCCGAACCCGCCACCGAUGGGGAACGAUACGUUGUCACCUUCAUCGACGAUUUCUCCCGGAAGAUGUGGGUCAGCGCGCUGAGGAACAAGAGUCAGGUCUUUGACACCUUCCAGCGUUGGCACGCCAUGAUCGAGCGCUCGACGGGCCUCAAGCUCCGCACGUUACGAACGGACAACGGCGGUGAAUAUACGUCCAAAGCCUUCAUCGAGUACUGCUCUCUUCACGGCAUUACCAGGCAACUCACGAUCCCUUACACCCCGGAGCAAAACGGCCGAGCCGAACGGACGAACCGCACAAUCGUCGAGGGGACGAUUGCCCUGCUCCAGCACUCGGGACUGCCCAUGACACUCUGGCGCGAGGCCCUCCGGUACGUUGUUGACACCAAAAACCUCAGCCCGCACAGCGCCAUCGAUCACAAAAUCCCGGACACUAUCUGGUAUGGCAAACCUCCCAGCACGGCAAACCUGAGAGCAUUCGGCUGCCGCGCCUGGCACACCACCCCUCGGCACAAGCGGGCAAAACUCGACCCCAAGGCCAAACCAUUCAUCUUCGUCGGCAUCGAAAACAAAACCAAGGCCUGGACGCUGUACGACCCAGAAACAACUUCGUUCUUCCAGAGCCGCGACGUCAGAUUUGAUGAGAACGUCUUUCCCGCUCGAGAUCCCCCGACUGGCCAACCGAAGCCUCGCGCGACGUCCACUGCUGGCGACUGGACCUUCGUUGACGCUGCACAUGGCUCCCGCACUGUCCCACGUCUGUCACUCCCGCCCGUCGUGCACGAAAAUCGAUUUGCCGCACUUGAGACCGACGCGAGCGACGACGCAACAAUCGAAAUGUCCGAUGAUGGUUUUGAUACCCCGUCCGACAUGUCCAUGGCUCAGUUCUCGCUGUCACCCCCUGCGUCGGACGUGACCGAUGACUCGGCCGACCCCAUCGACUUCCUGUCAUGCCCGUCUCGCGCCGCUGCCUUUGCCGCCACCACUGCAGAUUCACCGGUCGUCGAACUCGAAGGGCCAACCGAGGACCCCCAGAAUUGGUCGCAGGCGGUCAAGUCAGGUAAAGAGGAGAUCUGGAGGCAAGCAGCAGCCGACGAGUUUCACUCCCUUACCACCGAGUACAAAUGCUUCACCCCUGUUGACUCCUCCUCACUGCCCCCUGGCGCCAAAGUCCUCGGAUCCAGGUUCAUCUUCCGCACCAAACGCGACCAACUUGGCAAGAUCACUUCGCACAAGGGCCGGCUCGUUGCACAGGGAUUCUCCCAGCGCCCAGGUAUCGAUUACGACGAGACUUUUGCCCCUGUUGCCAAGUUCACCUCCAUCCGAGCUCUCAUCGCCCUGGCCGCCGCCAAGAAACUCCACGUCCAUCAGGCCGACGUUGACAAGGCGUACCUCCACGGCGAGCUGAAGGAAGACCUCUACAUGCGCGUCCCACAAGGUGUUGACAUGCCCGGUAAAGUCCUCAAGCUCCAUCGAUCGAUCUACGGCCUCAAGCAGGCCGGCCGAGUCUGGAACGAGCACAUUGACUUGACGCUGAAAAGCCUCCACUACUGCGCCACAGCCAAGGACCACUGCGUGUACGUACGACGCGACGGCGACCACUACCACUACAUCGCCCUCUACGUCGACGACUUGCUGAUGGUCAGCCCCUCGGAGGACGAGAUUGAGCGCAUCCUCAACGGCCUGGAGCAAAAAUACGGCAUCAAGCGACUUGGCCCAGCCCAGUACAUCUUGGGGAUCCAGAUCAAGCGACAGGCCGACAAGUCCAUCAUCCUGUCGCAAGAGGCGUACAUCACGAGCAUCCUCCGCAGAUUUGGCAUGUCAGACAGCAGCCCCGCCUCCACGCCCAUGGCCCCGAACCGACAGCUCGAACAUUCGCUCGCGGAAACAUCCAAAACUGCUCGGACACGCUACAUGCAGGCUAUUGGAUGCCUCCUGUACGCCGCCACCGGUACUCGCCCGGACAUUUCCUACGCUGUCGGAUACCUCGCACGCUUCUCUGCCAGUCCCACACCCGAACACUGGACGGCCAUCAAGACCGUAUUUCGGUACUUACGUGGAACCGCACGUCUAGGCCUGCACUACAGCUCUGAACAAGGCAAGUUCUCAGGCUUCACCGGUUACUCUGAUGCAGACUGGGGAACCUGCACCACAUCGUCACGGUCGACCAUGUGUUGA